CUCAGUAAUGUGUACUCUAUAGAUACUUGUAGUUAUGUACUGCUCAGUAAUGUGUCCUCUAUAGAUACUUGUAGUUAUAUACUGCUCAGUAAUGUGUCCUCUAUAGAUACUUGUAGUUAUAUACUGCUCAGUAAUGUGUACUCUAAAGCUCCAUGUCGUACUGAGUAACUGUGGAUGGUCAUCGGUAGGUUGGUUGUGUUCGUAUUAUGAAUACAUUAAUUAAAGCUGAGGCUGAAGGCUCGUGUGGGACUAAUAUUGAGAGGCUGUGGAUAUUUGAUGGAAGCAGACUUGAUACAUAACUAAAAGAUAUCCCCUCAAGGAAUGAUGAGUUCAUCGCCUUGUAGACGGCACUAGCUUGAUGAAGACCUCCUCGUCUUCCAAUGAGAGAGUUCUCAACCUCUUCGGAGCGAGACCUCCAUGACAAACAGGAAGAAGUCCCGUUGGCUCUGUUUCUCCACAGAAACUUCCAGAGUUCGGCGAAGCAGCCGCCGCCGGUCCCGGGCAUCGGCCUGGCCCCGCAGGACGCCGUGCAGAUGCGCAUCAAGGCCCCCGGGGGCCCCGCGGAGCGCCUCAGCCAGUCCAGGUCCAUGGUGCUGCAGGAGUCCGACCUCCCUAAAAAGCCCAUCUCUCGGCAUCGCAGGAAUCAGUCUCAGCACAACGUCUCCGUCCCCGGAGGAGGAGGAGGAGGAGGAGGAGGAGGAGUCGCUGUUUAUGAACCGUUGGUGGAUCUGAAAGGUGAACACAUGAAUGUGGCUAAAAUCUCCGAGAGCGGAAAGAAGCAGAGGAAGAACUGGAGCUCCAUGUGGAGCGUCCUGUCCUCAGACCAGAUGCUGCUCUACAAAGAAAGACAACAAGAAACCAGUCUGAAAACAGGAAGUAAGCCGGAUGUCGUUCGGCUGCGCGGCGCCAGCGUCGAGUGGACCACGGAGAAGUCGAGCAGGAAGAACGUUUUCCAGAUCAGAACCAACGCAGGAAGUGAGUACCUCAUCCAGGCUGACGGCUACGCCACCGCCAGUCGAUGGUUCAACGCCGUCGGAAAGGCCGCCGACUCCUCCACUAAACUGACUCUGCGGAGAUCGAGCAGCACGGAGUACCUGCCCAGAACCGGCUCCCUACCUGGAUAUGGCUCCGCCUCCCCCAGCACCAAGCAGCGCAACCCCGUCCACCGACGCUCCAUCAACAUGUUCGGCGGCUCCCGGCUGAAGCACAGCGCCUCCGACAGCACCGACAAGACGGGAGUGAAGGACCGUCUGAAGAAGUUCAUCAGCAGACGUCCGUCCAUGAAGACGCUGAAGGAGAAGGGCCUCAUCAAAGACCGGGUGUUCGGCUGCCCCCUGCUGGCCCUCUGUGAGCGGGAAGGCGUCACCGUGCCGAGCUUCGUUCACGUCUGUCUGGAGGCCGUCGACAAGAGAGGUCUGGAGGCUGACGGGAUCUACAGAGUCAGUGGGAACCUGGCGACGGUCCAGAAGCUCCGCUUCAUCGUGGAUCAGGAGGAGGACCUGGACCUGGACCAGCCUCAGUGGGAGGACGUCCACGUCGUCACCGGGGCCCUCAAGCUGUUCUUCCGGGAGCUGCCGGAGCCGCUGGUCCCCUUCAGGUUCUUCGGGCCCUUCGUGGAGGCCGUCAAGAUCAAAGAAUCCAGACUCAAAGUCCAGGCGAUGAAGACUCUGAUCCAGGAUCUGCCGCAGCCCAACCAGGACACCAUGAAGGUGCUCUUCACCCACCUGCUCAGGGUUCUGUCGUGCUCCAGGAGGAACCUGAUGUCCACGCAGGGCCUCGGCAUCGUGUUCGGCCCCACGCUCAUGUGGCCCGAGCUGGACGCCGGCAACAUGGCGGUCAACAUGGUCUACCAGACCCAGAUCGUGGAGUUCAUCCUCAUCGAGAGCCAAGAGAUCUUCAGCCUGGACAGGAAGUGAAGAGUCCCGAGGGGGACCCGAGACCUGCAGGUCUACUGAGACCCUCAGAGGCCCCUUAGAGACCGUCAGAGGCCCCUUAGAAACCAUCAGAGACCCUCAGAGACCAUCAGAGGCCCCUUAGAAACCAUCAGAGGCCCCUCAAAGACCCUCAGAGGCCCCUUAGAGACCAUCAGAAACCCUCAGAGACCAUCAGAGGCCCCUCAAAGACCCUCAGAGGCCCCUUAGAAACCAUCAGAGACCCUCAGAGACCAUCAGAGGCCCCUCAAAGACCCUCAGAGGCCUCUUAGAGACCAUCAGAAACCCUCAGAAACCAUCAGAGGCCCCUCAAAGACCCUCAGAGGCCCCUUAGAAACCAUCAGAGGCCCCUCAAAGACCCUCAGAGGCCCCUUAGAGACCAUCAGAGGCCCCUCAAAGACCCUCAGAGGCCCCUUAGAGACCAUCAGAAACCAUCAGAGGCCCCUCAAAGACCCUCAGAGGCCCCUUAGAGACCAUCAGAAACCCUCAGAGACCAUCAGAGGCCCCUCAAAGACCCUCAGAUGCCCCUUAGAAACCAUCCGAGACCCUCAGAGACCAUCAGAGGCCCCUUAGAAACCAUCUGAGACCCUCAGAGACCAUCAGAGGCCCCUUAGAAACCCUCAGAGACCCUCAGAGGCCCCUUAAAGGCCCUCAGUGAGCACUUAGAUACCCUCAGAGACCCCUUAAAAACCCUCAGAGGCCCCUUAGAAACCAUCAGAGACCCUCAGAGGCCCCUUAAAGGCCCUCAGAGACCCUCAGCUCCUUUAAGUCCAGAUUGAAGACUGUUCUGUUUGAUGUUUGGACUCUGGUCAUCAAACUCAUCACAGAAGGUGUCGGUUGGAUAGAAAACAGAGACUUUAAACUAUAAGCAGAUGAUUUCUGAAAGAAUACUUUCAGAUUUAAUAUCAAACCUUAGAAACAAAACUACUAUGAAUCCGUCUGGUGAGAUUAAUCCUGGUCCAGUAAAAUGUUGCGUAACAGCUGGAGGAUCCCUCAGUAACAACAGAGUUAUGAGGCUGUGAUUGGCUUGAUUGACUAAUGUUACACAGCGAGAUGUGUUCAUCCAAACUGUAAUAAAGCUUUUUAAAUAUCUGAA